AUGAAAUCCAAGGACAUUAUACUGAAGUGUCUCCCUCCAUCAGUCAGGCCCACUCUGGUCAUGUUUGUCAUUCUCAUACCAGGUGUGUGGAGUGCUAUUCAGAUGAACUGCUCUCAGCCAAACCAACCCGCCCUGCUGAAUGCUCUAAAUCCAGUCUUUAACCUGAGCGAUAUACGACCUGUCAUGAACAUGACAACCUGCACCAACAUCUUUACAGACUUCAUCAUGUAUGGGAUACUAGGAGUGGAUGAAAAGGCUCAACUCUUGAUCACUUACAUUUGGCUUAAUUAUUGGUGGAUAAACGAGUUUAUCAGUUGGGACCCAAUCACCUGCGGAACCAGCAGGAUAUCUCUUCCCAGACAAAAGUUUUGGAUUCCAGAUGUUGUAAUCAAUGAAUUUAUGGAUGAAAACACCGCUCCCUUUGUCCCGUAUUUGUACGUGAAUAGCAAUGGUAUGAUAAACGAUGCUCUUCCAGUCAAAGUUGUCAGCUCCUGUAACCUCGAUAUCUACACUUUCCCCUUCGACAUACAAAACUGCACUUUGACUUUCAACUCCUACCUGCACUUCGCGAUGGACGUAAAGAUUUUACUGGGCACGUCUGCAGAAAACAUCACUGAAAACUCCAAGAUGGUGAUGACCACCAUGGGGGAGUGGGAGCUGCUGGAUAUCACCUCCCACAAGGACGACCCAGGACUUGAUGAUAGUCAAUACAUUGAUGAGCUUGCAUUUCAUAUCAGAGUGAAGCGCCGGCCCACCAUGUAUGUGGUGAAUCUCCUGAUCCCGAGCUGUUUCCUCAUCACAGUGGACCUCUUCAGCUUCCUGUUGCCUCCCCAGACUGUGGACCGAUCCUCCUUUAAGAUGACCCUGAUCCUGGGCUACACAGUCUUCCUGCUCAUCAUGAACGACCUGCUGCCUAUCACUGGAAACACCAUACCUCUCAUAAAUGUGUUCUUCUCUAUCUGCCUGGCUCUGAUGGUGGCAAGUCUACUGGAGACUAUCAUCAUUACCAAUCUGCUGUGCGGCUCUGCUGACUUCCCUCCCGUCCCUCGCUGGGUCAGGGUGUUUGUUCUUCACAUCCUUGGCUGCUUGGUACGGCUUCCUCCAAAGCCCAGAGAUCUAGAGGACACAGUUAUCCACACUGUGUUGGCACAGCAAAAAGCAGAUGAGAGGCCUCUCGAGGAGAAAGGUCCAGCGGUGGAGGGGAAAGCCUUUCAGGAGCUGAUGAGCCUGGCCAGGGACCUCCAGGCCAUCCGCCUCCAAGUGGAGCAGCAUCUGGGUGGAAGCCAGAAAUCGGAGGAAUGGAUCCAGGUGGGUUUCGUCAUAGACCGCCUGCUGUUCGGCAUCUACCUCCUCUUCAUAUCAGUCAGCUUCAUUACCAUCAUCAUUAUCUGGGUAAACUCAUAUGGUCAGUAACUACCUGCUGUAUGCUUUAAGGGGCUCAAUUUCUGCAGUA